AUGUCUUUAACACAACAAAAAGAAAAUCUUCCCAAAAAUCCAACGAACGGUCACUUAAAGUCCCCAGGCAAAAAUGUGUUAUCGACGCGAAACGACAAUAUGGUUCCGGUGCAUAUGGAGGAUGAAAAUGUAGAAAAAAUGGAGGUUGAGAAAGCAGAGGAAGUAAAGUUUGAUCCUCAGUUAGAACCACUGUUGCGAGAAAACCCUCGGCGUUUCGUUAUUUUUCCCAUACAGUAUCCUGAUAUUUGGCAGAUGUACAAAAAAGCUGAAGCUUCAUUCUGGACAGCUGAAGAAGUUGACUUAUCUAAGGACUUAUCUGACUGGGAGAAUUUAAAGGACUGCGAGAGGCAUUUUAUAAAGCAUGUUUUAGCAUUUUUUGCUGCAUCAGAUGGUAUUGUAAAUGAAAAUCUGGUAGAGAGAUUUUCACAAGAGGUUCAAGUGACAGAGGCACGCUGCUUCUAUGGCUUUCAGAUUGCCAUGGAAAAUGUUCACUCCGAGAUGUAUUCACUUCUCAUUGACACUUACAUAAGAGACCCAAAAGAGAGGGAUUUCUUAUUUAAUGCAGUGGAGACACUUCCAUGUGUCAAAAAGAAGGCUGACUGGGCUCUGCAGUGGAUUGGAAGCAAGACUGCUUCUUUUGGAGAGAGAAUAAUAGCCUUUGCAGCUGUUGAGGGGAUAUUCUUUUCAGGCAGUUUUGCAUCCAUCUUUUGGCUAAAAAAGAGGGGUCUUAUGCCUGGACUCACAUUUAGCAAUGAGCUCAUUUCAAGGGAUGAGGGCCUCCACACAGACUUUGCAUGCUUAAUGUACAAGCACUUAGUUCAGAAGCCUAGCAAAGCGCGUGUGCUGCAGAUAAUUCGUGACGCGGUGACCAUUGAGCAGGAAUUCCUAACAGAUGCAUUACCUGUCCGCCUACUUGGUAUGAACUGUGAACUCAUGUCUGACUACAUUCAGUUUGUUGCUGACAGGCUCUUGUUAGAACUUAUCGGAGAGAAGCACUACAACACAAAGAAUCCAUUUGACUUCAUGAACCUUAUCUCAUUAGAAGGAAAAACAAAUUUCUUUGAAAAGAAAGUUGGGGAGUACCAGAAAUGGGGUGUUAUGGCAAACCCAAUGGACAAUGUGUUCACACUUGAUGCGGAGUUUUGA